AUGGCUUCACUUCAAGAAAGUUUGACUAAAUUCAAGAAACAACAAGAGAAGUGCCAGUCAACUCUUACCAGCAUUGCAGCUAAAGCAGGAUCUUCUAAAGCAGCUUCUUUAAAAUCCACAUCCUCAAGCACGUCAUCUUCAGCGAAUGCAAAGUCUCCAACUCCUGUUAAAUUCUCAAAUGAUACAGAACGGCUUCAACAUAUAAACAGCAUUAGGAAAGCCCCUGUUGGGGCUCAAAUCAAACGUGUUAUUGAUUUGCUUUUUGAGACAAGGCAAGCCUUUACGCCCGAGCAAAUAAACGAUGCAUGCUAUGUGGAUACGAAUGCUAACAAAGCUGUCUUUGACAGUUUAAGAAACAAUCCAAAAGUGAAUUAUGACGGGAAGCGAUUCUCUUACAAGUCUAAACACGAUUUGAAAGAUAAGAAGCAGCUUCUUGUCUUGAUACGAAAACUUCCUGAGGGUGUUGCUGUUAUUGAUCUCAAGGAUUCAUAUCCAAAUGUCAUGGAAGACUUACAGUCUUUGAAAGCUUCGGGCCAAAUUUGGCUACUAUCAAACUUCGACUCACAGGAGGACAUAGCAUAUCCAAACGAUCCCCGAGCAGUUAUUAAAGUUGAUGACGAUCUGAAACAAUUAUUCCGGGGGAUUGAACUCCCACGUGAUAUGAUUGACAUUGAAAAAGAUCUUCAGAAGAAUGGAAUGAAGCCAGCUACAAACACUGCUAAGAGGAGGGCCAAGGCACAGGUCCAUGGCAUUGCUCCCAAGCCCAAGACAAAGAAGAAGAAGCACGAAAUUAGCAAGAGGACCAGACUUACCAAUGCCCAUCUUCCGGAACUCUUCCAACACCUCAAUGUCCCUGGCUCUUGA